GGAAGAGUGCCCAGAUGUUAACUUCUUUAUGUUACUUCAGUUAAAGAUUUAUUGAAUCAAUGGGGUUUCUUUUUUAUAUAGUUAGUACUAUGUAGGACUGUACAAAUGGGGUUUUCUAUCUUAUUGGUGCCAAAUAAGGCCAAAUAACUGAAUAGGUUUGAAAAGCAAUAAAAUAACAAGUAAAGGAAUAUAGCGUACAGUGUGCACUUUGCAUUAUGCUGAUAGUCUAGUAUGAGUAUAUAGGUUUAUAGGUUUAGAGUACACAGUUCAACACCAGACUGGAGCUUUACAUUAUAGUAGAGUUGUGAUUAAUACCAGAUCAGAAGAAAUGUUUUUCUACAUAGUUGUAGGGUUUGUGGUGUAUCUUGUUAUAGACUGGUUGAUCAGACUGCCAAAGGUUGGAGGGAUCACCAAGAAAUAUGUACUCAUCACAGGCUGUGACACAGGAUUUGGAAAUCUUUUGGCAAAGAAGCUUGAUAAAAUGGGGUGCAAUGUAUUUGCUGCAUGUCUGACUGAGAAGGGCCAGAAGGACCUCGAUGAUGAGACCUCCACACGUGUUGAUGUGUUCCACAUGAAUGUAGCAGACCAUCAGAGUGUUGUGGAUGGUGCUAAUUAUGUCAAGGGAAAACUUCCACAAGGAGUUGGUCUAUGGGGUUUAGUGAACAAUGCCGGACUGACUGGAGCUCUUGGGCCCUCAGAAUGGCUCACAUUAGAGGACUAUAACAAAGUUUUCAGUGUCAACCUUCUGGGGUUGAUAGAUGUCACCACUGAAUUUCAGUCAUUGAUCAAGAAGGCCCAGGGACGUAUCGUGAACACAGCUAGUAUUGUUGGCAGAGUCACAAUUGCUGCGACUGUUCCAUAUUGUAUAUCUAAAUAUGGCGUGGAAUCAUUCUCUGAUGCGCUGAGAUUUAAUUUGUGGGCCUUCAAAUGCAGCGUCCACAUUAUAGAGCCAGGGUUCCACAAAACAUCUAUCACCAAUGUUGACCUAAAUGUUGCCAGCUUCAGGAGGUCCUACAACCAAGCACCCCAAGAGGUGAAGGAUGAAUAUGGGGAUGAGUUCAUAGAUGCAGCCUGUGGUAUGAUGAAGGAGAAAACAGAACAAUUCCUCUCCCCCAAGUUGAUGGAUGUUGUGAAUGCAUACAGCCACGCCCUGUUCUCUGUCUACCCAAGGAACAGAUACCAAGUGGGCUCAGAUUCCAAGUUAUUCUUUAUUCCUCUCUCCUUUAUGCACUCGGCAUUCCAGGACUUUUUCUUCAGACUCUUGGCUAACAGAGAUGUAAAGCCUAAGGGAGCACUGCGAUAAACAAUCCUUAGGGGUCGUCACAAAUGUUUUGCAAUUAUUCAACAAGGAAUCCAAAGUAUAACAGAACAAUCUACAAAUCUUGUGCGAUGAUUUUUGAAGUGAGAUUUUAAAAAUAAAUUUACUCAUAAAUGAUAUUGAAAAAUAUGAUUUUAUCACCCAACCACUAAAUGAAAAUGUGUUGCCUAACAUAUGAGAGGGGAGAGGUCAAUAAUGACUGUAUGAAAAUUGGAUUAUGUUAAUGGUAAAAGUAAAAAUAUAGAAAAAGUUUGCAUUGACAUGAUGGUAAUCUGUGUAAGCAAUCAAUGUAAAUUGCUCAAAGAUUUAAUUUCAUUAGAGCUUUAUAUACGCGUUUAUACUUUCAUGAAAUAAAAAUGGCUUUAUACAUGCAGGACAUUAGAAUAAAGCUAUAUGUAGAGAAAGUACAUGAAUGUGGACACAAUGCCCCUG